ACGCCGCGCGGAAGGAAUGCUGCCUGCUGCCAGUUGCUGCUUUUGAUAGUUAAGUAGACUCCGAGACUUGCAUACUGAUAUAGAAACCAUGGGGUGUGCAAUGAGCGCAGAAGAGCGCGCCGCCUUGGCCCGCAGCAGGCAGAUAGAACGAAUUUUGAGAGAAGAUGGCAUUCAAGCAGCCAAAGAUAUCAAACUACUUUUACUUGGAGCUGGCGAAUCUGGAAAAAGCACUGUCGUAAAGCAAAUGAGGAUUAUCCAUAACAGUGGAUUCAGCGAGGAAGAUCUGAGGCAGUAUAGAUCUAUGGUAUACAGUAAUACCAUUCAGUCUAUGCUUGCCAUCCUGAACGCUAUGUCAGAAUUGGAAAUUGAGUAUGAAUGUGAAGCUCGAGUGGAGGAUGCAACAGUGGUGUUCGAAGCAGCCCAUCGUGUACCCGAUGCUAACUUGUUUACUCACCAAUUGCUGACAGCAAUGAAGCGGCUCUGGGUUGAUCGUGGUGUUCUUCGCUGUUACCGCCGUUCCAAUGAGUACCAAUUGAAUGAUAGUGCUAAAUAUUUCCUUGAUGAACUUGAUCGUCUGGCCCAAAUAGACUACUUGCCAAAUGAGCAAGAUGUACUAAGAACCCGUGUCAAAACGACCGGAAUUAUCGAGAUCCAUUUCUCCUUUAAGAACUUGAACUUCAAGUUGUUUGAUGUUGGGGGUCAGCGCUCUGAAAGAAAAAAGUGGAUUCAUUGUUUUGAAGAUGUGACAGCCAUUAUCUUCAUAGCAGCGAUCAGUGAAUACGACCAAGUAUUGCACGAAGAUGGAGUUACCAACCGGAUGCAUGAGAGUCUGAAACUUUUUGAUUCAGUCUGUAACAACAAAUGGUUUGAAGAUACUGCUAUUAUACUCUUCCUGAACAAGAAAGACCUGUUUGAAAUGAAAAUCAUAACAUCGCCGAUUACCACCUGUUUCCCGGAAUAUAGAG